AAUUCAAUUUCUGGUAUUUUUUAAAAUUGAUCAAAAUAGACACAAGUUAUUAUAUAUACAUAUUUAUGUACUGCCCAUGUUCCUAUUAAUCACGUCACUCUUUCCUCUUCACUUUGCUUAGUCACUCACUCUGAUCAAUCAAGUCCAAUAGCUCUUCACGAUAACUUCAAUGGCUUUGAAGUCAUUCAUCGAAGUCCAUCCCGACUCUCACUUCCCCAUUCAAAACCUUCCCUAUGGCGUUUUCAAGCCUGAACCCACUUCCACUCCUCGACCAGCCGUGGCAAUUGGAGACUAUAUUCUAGACCUUUCUGAGAUUACUCUUGCCGGUCUUUUCGACGGCCCCACUCUUAAAAACUCCGAUUGUUUUCUUCAGCCUAACUUGAACAAAUUCAUAGCAUUAGGACGUCCAGCAUGGAAAGAAGCUCGUUCUACACUUCAAAAACUGUUAUCAUCUACAGAACCUGCGUUGCGUGAUGAUAGAAAUUUGAGGCAGAAAUCACUUUUGCCAUUGAGCAAGGUUGAGAUGGUGCUACCUAUUGCUAUAGGGGACUACACUGACUUCUUCUCUUCAAUGCAUCAUGCUAAGAAUUGUGGGACUAUUUUUCGUGGGCCGCAGAAUCCUAUUCCUGCAAAUUGGUUCCACCUUCCUAUUGCAUAUCAUGGACGAGCUUCUUCUGUUGUUGUCUCUGGAACUGGUAUCGUGAGACCAAGAGGUCAAGGCCAUCCAGCUGGAAAUUCCCCACUUUACUUUGGACCUUCCCAGAAGCUAGACUUUGAGCUAGAAAUGGCUGCUGUAGUUGGUCCUGGAAAUGAACUAGGAAAACCUGUGGAUGUUAAUGAAGCUGGUGAUCACUUGUUUGGACUUGUUUUGAUGAAUGAUUGGAGCGCUAGGGAUAUUCAGGCAUGGGAGUAUGUGCCUCUUGGGCCUUUCCUAGGGAAGAGCUUUGGUACUACGAUAUCCCCUUGGAUUGUAACACUUGAUGCUUUGGAGCCUUUUGCUUGUGAUGCCCCCAAACAGGAUCCCCAUCCCUUACCUUAUCUGGCUGAAAAGAUAUCCAAAAACUAUGACAUUUCAUUAGAGGUCCAAAUUAAAGCAGCUGGAAAAGAAGAUGCAUGCGUAGUCACCAGAAGCAACUUCAAGCACUUAUACUGGACAUUGACACAGCAGCUUGCCCAUCAUACAAUCAAUGGCUGCAACCUAAGGCCAGGGGAUCUGCUUGGAACUGGGACAAUCAGUGGACCUGAGCCAGAAUCAUAUGGAUGCUUGUUAGAGCUAACAUGGAAUGGACAAAAGCCCUUGUCACUGAAUGGGACAGAAAGAAAAUUCCUAGAAGAUGGAGAUGAAGUCAUUUUCAGCGGCUGUUCAAAGGGAGAUGGUUAUAAUGUUGGGUUCGGAACAUGCUUCGGGAAAAUCCUUCCAUCACCUGGACCUUGAAAUUUCUGUUCUUGACAAUAUAUAGACGGCUGGUGUUUUAUGUAAAUUCAUUUUUCCUCUUUUGUUCUUAAUGUAUCUCUUGGCCAAGUAUGAACUGUAGAAUGAAAACACCAUUAGAAGUGACUUGCAUGGCAGUGGCUAAUAUCCAAGUUGUAAGGCGAAUUGUAUGCCUACAUAAGGGUGGCAGAGGCAGCUGUGUAGUACUGAUGGUUACCUCCCACCACUGUGACUCUGCACUGCUGGGAAGCAAAGGAAAUGUUGCAAUUAUGUUAGCUCAAUAUUUUCAACAAAAUAAAGGAAAGAUCAUAAUCAUUGUUAUGUA